CUCCUGCGAACACUAAUCCUCGUCCAAAAGCUGAGUUUGAGGAAACAUGGGGGGGUCAUUGGUUGGUUCAUUGGUCGUAUGCGAGAAAAAUAGAAAGCGCAGUCAGUGCGCUGUUUCGCAGAGACAGAAUACGAUAG